AUAAUCCGCCCGCGCGUGAUCGGUCGCCGUGGGACAAGCCUGCGGACAUUCUUGCAACGCCGUCUCCAAAAGCGACUGCCUUUGGCUCUUGGGACCCGUAAACAGUCGCCUUCUCUGGCGGCAACUUUGAUCGUGGUCCCUCCGAAGCCGCAGAGACCCCCCCCUCGCAUGGAUCCGCGGUCCCCGCGACGCAGAUGUCCCUUCUACAGCCUGCCGGCGCGGCGUUGCUGCACAAGUCGCCUCGAGAAGAUGUCGAGGUAACGAAGCAGAGGCAGCAGCCUGGGCUGCGCAAGACCCAGAGCACGGCGAGCUUCCUGUCGCCGCUCGUCGAUCUGGCCCGGCAUCCCACGCGACCUCUACAAGAAGCAUGGAGCGUUUUCAAGGGAGCAGACGCACCGGGAAAGCUGCCAGAGGAAAAGGAGAAAGAAGAUCGGCGGCAGGUUUUGUAUUUCAAGCUGAAAGAAGCGGAAGACUACGAGAGCUGGAAGAGCGCAGCAUGUGAACUCGACGUGCUCGAGGGCAACGAAUCGUGGAAACAGCAGACGGAGAGCAGCGAGUAUGACGUCGCCCUCGUACAAGCAAGGCUGAAGCAGCUUGACGAAGCGAGGAUCAGUUGCGAUGUCAAGAAAAUGCUGUUUCUCAUCCGCACCUCGCUGACGCGCGGAUUGGGGGGGAUGGGCGAUCUCAGGUUGUACAAGCACUCACACAUUGGCACAAAGGCCCUCAUCGAACGGUACAUCGAGAGCGCCCAGGAAACGCUGGACACACUGCUUGAACUGUCGGACAAGCAACCGGCACUAGAACCACGCUAUAUCCUGGAUCAGCUGCUGGAGACGAGACAAGCGUUUGGCAGAAGUGCCUUGCUGUUAUCGGGUGGAGGCACACUUGGCAUGUAUCAUUCAGGUGUCAUCAAGGCACUGUGGGAGGCCAAGCUGCUGCCUCGAAUCAUCUCUGGCUCGUCCGCGGGCAGCAUCAUCUGCGCUGUCCUGUGCACCAAGACAGAUGACGAGGUUCCUGACAUCAUGGAAAAGUUUUGCAGCGGCAACUUUGUCGUCUUCGAACACGAUGAGAAGGAAAAGGGCUUCAUCGGCAUGGCCGCGCGUCUCAUGAAACACGGUUCGGUCUUCGACAUCACAUACUUGAUCCGCGUGGUUCGGGGCCUGAUCGGCGAUAUAACUUUUCAAGAGGCCUACAACCGGACACGACGAAUUUUGAACAUCUCGGUGUCGAGCGAGAGUGUGCACGAGUUGCCGCGGCUGCUCAACUACAUCACUGCUCCCAACGUGAUCAUCUGGUCCGCAGUAGCGGCCUCGUGCUCGGUUCCGCUGGUGUUCUCGCCCGCACAGCUGCUCGCAAAGGAUCCCAAAACUGGCAGCAUCGUCGACUGGAACCCUUCUCCGCAGAAGUGGAUCGAUGGCUCUGUGGAUAGCGAUCUACCCAUGACACGACUGGCUGAGAUGUUCAAUGUCAACCACUUUAUCGUGUCCCAAGUGAACCCACAUGUGGUUCCCUUCUUGUCAAGGGAUCUGCUCGCCUCGCCGACAGAGUUAGCAUCUCCGAGCGCCGUCAAUGCUGGUCCGGGCUGGCUACACACAAUGGCAGAUCUGGCGCGCGGCGAAGCACUGCACCGGAUGCACGUACUUGCCGAGUUUGGAGUGUUUCCGAACUACUUCACAAAAGCACAAUCCGUCCUAAGCCAAAAAUACUCUGGAGAUAUCACGAUUCUACCGGAGAUAUCAUACGCACAUUUCCCCAAGAUUCUCCAGAACCCGACCGCGGAGUUCAUGCUCGAAGCAAUGCUCAGCGGCGAAAGGGCAACAUGGCCCAAGCUGAGCCGGAUACAGAAUCAUUGCGCGAUAGAACUUGCUUUGGAUCAAGCCAUCUCCUUAUUACGUUCUAGAAUUGUGUUUUCACCUAGCCAGGUCGACCUACGACUGAACACGAUAGGCACGCAUUACCAACCACGGAAAAGCGCAAAUGGCGAGAGAGAAGUCAUACGGUCGAACAGAACGUUGCACCGCCCAGCGCAUAGCUCAGUAGAGCCUGAUCAAGCAGCAGUGAAACGACCCAGAUCGCUUAUCGACGGGCACAGCUACAAGCACUCGCCGAAGAAAUCGGUGCCACGAAACAACGUGACCUUCCAGUCGCCCAUGCUCCAAGCCGCGGGUGGUGAAUUCUUAUCCUCGAGUGCGGAAGAUGAUCCAGACACUCAGUUAUUCUCGGACUACAUGGAAGGCACGACGGAUUCAUAUUCAUCCGACGAAGAAUAUGCCCAGAAGCCGGAACUUUGGCCUUCUACUCGACAAGUACUGUUCCCUUCGGCUAGCCAACCUCCCACACCAUUCUUCUCCUCGCGAUUGGCAAAUAGUCAAAGUUCAAUAUCUAUGACUCCCCGCUUGGUAGUUCCAUCCGCAUCAAACCACACGCUGCGAGAGCCAAGCUCGCCAGAGCGUAGGUACAAACGUAUGUUCCACGGCGCUCCGGACUCACGGCCCUCGACUGCUGGCACUUACCACACUGAAACCGAUGACAUCCAAAACGACGAGAUGGCGGACCUCCCGCAAACGAGAGGCCGGCGAUCCAGUGGCGCAAGCGAAGUUCAUAGGCCUUCUUCCAGAAGAUCAAGUCAUCAUUCGCCUUUGAAGAUCGACAUCAGUGGCACUAGGGGAAUGCUCAAGCGCAUGAAACGGACCAUGAGCACAGGCGUCAGGAGUCUUCGAGCGCCAGAACAGAGAUGAUGUAUCCUCACUGACCGCAACGAAAUACCAGCCAGCAUCUUUUGUUUGUGAAUACUUUUAUCACAAAAGACAUACCUCGAUUUUUUUUGUUUCGGAGGAAAUAUUUGAAAUAUAUAUCACAGGCAGGCUGCAGAUCGCUUUCUCCUCCUCAACGGUCAUUUUAAUCUUUCCCUUUGUCAACUUGUUAUGGCAGUUUGAGAUAUCCAGGAUCGCAUGGCUAGCCAUCAAGAAAUGAAGAAACCAGGUUUGUGUGGAAAAUGAUCGGAUUGAAGUUGAAUUAGAAUUGCAUCGAACAAAUACAAAGAUUAGAUGUUACACCCCAGCCCUGGACUUGUGGCCGUUUCCUUAUCUUGGGACCGACUUGAUCAUGCUUGGAUGAUUCGACCUAAAUUGCCUUCCAAC